ACUGUCGACGACCCGAGCCUUCCCUUCAGAUAUCGUAACCAAACCCACUCCGGAUAAGAUAAAUUCAGAGAUUGUCAAUGGCUUCUCCGGCAGCAAGUCUGUCAUGGAAUUCAUCCUCAUGGCUUAGUAACCGCACCCUAACAAGAAACAUCAACCACAGCGCCCCAAUUUCCGAUAGAAGUUCCGUUUUUGUAAUUUUGGCUCAAAAGAAAGCCAAGAAAACACGAAAGAUAAUAUUGACGGAGGAUGUUAUUGAUGUGGGGAAGAAAGGGCAGCUUUUGGAUGUCAAAGCUGGAUUUUUCAGGAACUUUCUGCAUCCUGCCGGCAAGGCCCAGAUUGUUACUCCCGUCCUUAUCAAGGAAAUGAAGGUCGAAGAGGAGAGAAUUGAGGCCGAAAAACAACGGGUAAAAGAAGAGGCUCUGCAACUUGCUCGAAUUUUCGAAACCGUUGGAGCAUUCAAGGUGAAACGUAAAGGAGGGAAAGGAAAGCAAAUUUUUGGAAGUGUUACCGCACAAGAUCUUGUUGACAUAAUCAAGGCACAACUUCAGCGGGAUAUCGAUAAAAGAAUUGUUUCUCUACCAGAGAUCCGAGAAACCGGAGAAUAUAUUGCAGAGUUGAAGCUUCAUCCUGAAGUUAGUGCCGAAGUAAGGUUGAAUGUAUUUGCAAACUAGCGAAUGGAACAUACCCGAUCAACUUCUUUAAAGAGGGUCUAUGUUAAGGAUGAAAACUGUGAAAGUAGUUUUAGAAUCGCAGAUAGCGCUACCCAAGUUCAAGAUCCCAUUUUCUGCUGUUUUCGUUUAUGUGUUCACAAAAUUACAUUCGUAUGUAUACACAUUCUCGGGACUUAUUUAUUAAUUUUGGCGUUAUUCGUUCGUUCUAGUGAAAUUUCAAGGAACACUUCUA